UUCAAGCUAUGUCAAAAGUGUGGUCAAUAACGGAAAGAUCUUGAACAACAUAAAUAUUUUAGUUUUAUAUUGACUUUUUACGUAAAAUGUUCAGUAAAAUAUUAAAAUAUAUCAAAACAGUAAAGUUUGACUUAAUUGAAUUUUUGUUAUUAAAUAGGCUUUAAAUUGUGGGUUUUUAAUAGAAUUCUCAGGUUAAAGAUGAACCAUUAUCGAUUUCUAACCUUGCAUAUCAGUGAACAUUGAGUAAAUUAUUUAUAUUUUCUAUAUUGUAUUAAAACAAAAUACAUUUUGUCGACUAUUUAAAUUGAUAAUAAUAUAAAAAAAAUAUUAAACUUGCCGAUCAUCAAAAUGAACAGAAAGAAAAUAACUUUUGGCAAAAUUUCAAAAAGUAUAUGUACAGAAACAUCAGCUUCAGAAGAAAAAAAUGAAUCUCCAUCAGGUUUUGGUAUAUUUGGAAAGAAAGACAUUGAAGAAAGUUCAUCAAAAAUAAUAGAAAUCAACCCUGCUGAUGAAGAAGAAACAGAAAAUUUGAAGAAAGUCAUGGGAAUGAGUGAAUUUGGAAAGAAAGCUAAAUCCUUUGACGUUGAAGAGAUGGUAGAGCAUAUAACUAAAUCUCUAAAUUCAAAAAAACCUAUCAAAUCAUCAAAUAAUGAAAUAAAUAAAGAUUUAGAAUUGACUUUUAAGUCCCAAGAAUCAUCAGAAAAUAAUGUAGAUGAUGAUUCUAAUGAAGAUGAUGAUGACAUUAUUGGUCCAAUGCCACCACCAGCUCCUCCAGAAGACACCAAAUCGACCAAAAAACCAACUAAGAAUGACGACAGCGAUGAUUCUGAUGAUUCCGAGUCUGAUGAAGAAGAGGAAACUCAAUUGGUUGAUAAAAUUCCUUGUUCUCAUGAGGUUUCUAUGACCCAUGGAGUCAAAGCUAUCACUGCCAUAGCAGCAGAUCCAUCAGGAGCUCGAUUAGCAUCAGGAUCUGUUGAUUAUGAUGUAAGUUUUUGGGAUUUCUCUGGCAUGGAUUCAUCUUUAAAAAGCUUCAGAACCUUACAACCUUGUGAAAAUCAUCCAAUCAAAUGUCUUCAAUAUUCUAUUACUGGUGAUGUGAUUCUAGUGAUUUCUGGAUCUGCUCAAGCCAAGGUAUUGGAUCGAGAUGGCUUUGAAAAAUGUGAAACAGUCAAAGGCGACCAGUACAUCACUGACAUGGCCAGAACAAAAGGCCAUACAGCAGGUCUAAAUUGUGGAGCUUGGCAUCCUUUUAUCAAAGAAGAGUACCUGACAUGUUCCCAAGACAGUACUUGUAGAAUUUGGGCAUUGUAUAGACCCAAAGGUCACAAGCAGUUAAUUAAAUGUCGAGCAUCAAAUGGAGUCAAAACUAUACCUACCACUUGUGCUUACAGCAAAGAGGGUAGUGUUGUGGCUUGUGGAUGCAUUGAUGGAUCUAUUCAGAUGUGGGAUCAUCGUAAGAAUUUUAUUAAUCCAUCCCUGAUACACCGGACUGCUCACAAAAAUGGUUUAGAGAUCUCCAGUAUUAAUUUUUCAUACAUUGGAAACUUGCUAGCAUCUAGAUCUUGCGACGAUACUUUGAAGUUGUGGGAUUUACGGAUUUUUAAAGAACCAAUUGCUGAGGCCUAUGGGUUAUUUUCACGUUAUGACACUACAGACUGUAUGUUCAGUCCAGAUGAUUCAAUGUUAAUUACUGGAGAGUCUUUAGCAAAAGGUCAAACUCAUGGUAGAGUGCUUUUCUAUGACACCAAGACCUUUAAUUUGGUGAACGAGAUUAAGGUCACCAAUUCUCAUGUAAUCAAAACUCUUUGGCAUCCAAAAUUAAAUCAAAUAUUUGUCGGAUGUGGUAAUGGAGUUGUAAAAGCUUAUUACGAUAUGAAAAAGAGCUUAAGAGGUGCUAAAUUGUGUGUUGUAAAGACUAAACAUAAGAAGAAUCAUAUCGAAAUGAUUUCUACUCAACAAAUUAUUACUCCUCAUGCAUUACCGUUGUUUAGACAGGACAGACCUAAGUCUGUAAGAAAACAGAUGGAAAAAGAUAGAUUAGAUCCGGUGAAAUCGAGGCGACCAGACUUACCCAUUACUUCAGGUCAAGGUGGUAGGGUAGCAUCGUCUGGUGGUACCCUCAGUUCUUACGUCAUUAGGAAUUUAGGUCUGAGUAAGAGAAUUGAAGAUGAUCAAGACCCAAGGGAAGCUAUUUUAAAAUACGCUAAAGAAGCUGAAGAAAAUCCAUAUUGGAUAGCACCAGCAUAUAAAAAAACUCAACCUAAAACUAUUUUUCAAGAUGGCGAUGAUGAGGGUCCUUCUAAGAAAAAGAAAACAGAAUAAAUACUAUUUAAAUUUAUUGUAUAUAAUUUAUUUAUUUACUGAUAAAACUACUAUUAUUUAAUCAUAAAAAAUUUUAUUAAUAAAUAAAAAAUUCAAAUAUUGUAAUCAAUUACUUAAAAAUAUGUCAAGAAACUGUUAAGUUUAUUACGGAAUAAAUUUUUUAAGGAAACAAAUUGUAAAUAAAAUAAUCUAAAAAUUUCAAUGAAUAUAAUUUGAUUAUAAUUAUUAAAAAAAAAAGUAUAAAUAAUGGUAGUA